GCGGAGGAGGAGGGCCUCUGGUGGGGCCCGGCGCCUCCGGAGAACUUUUCCUCCCCUCCCAACUUUCCAGAAGUUUCUCCGGCCGCUUUAUAUAGCCCCCUCCGGCGGGCCGCGGCUUCGCAGAGGAAGGGCCAGCAGCUGCAGGCGGGACGCUCCGGCAGGACAAAAAAAAAACCCCUUUCCCCGCCGCCAACAACCUCUCCAAGCCGCGCGCCCCGGCCAGGCUGCUCCCUCGCACUUUUUCGAGAAUGAACAAGGGGAACGUUGACCACACUAAGACAAAGUUUCAAGGCUCCGGCCAUCCCCGAAUCCGACAGAAACCAUGUGGGUGAUCGCGCUUCUCGCACUCGGCGCCGCCGCCAGCGCCGUACCCUCCGAGAAGAAGAAGCUGAGCGACAAAGCGGCAGCCCUGGCUGACCGGAGCGCCAACCUGGCCUUCAGCCUCUACCACGCGAUGGCCAAGGACAAAAACGUGGACAACAUCCUCCUGUCCCCGGUGGUGGUGGCCUCUUCCCUCGGGCUGGUGUCCCUGGGGGGCAAGGCCACCACGGCCUCCCAGGCCAAGGCCCUGCUGAGCGCCGAGAAGCUGAACGACGACUACGUCCACAGCGGCCUGUCGGAGCUCCUGAGCGACGUCAGCAACUCCACAGCCCGCAACGUCACGUGGAAGAUGGGCAGCCGCCUCUACGGGCCCAGCUCCAUCUCCUUCGCCGACGACUUCGUCCAGAGCAGCAAGAAGCACUACAACUACGACCACUCCAAGAUCAACUUCCGGGACAAGCGGAGCGCCGUCAAGUCCAUCAACGAGUGGGCGGCGCAGACCACCGACGGCAAGCUGCCCGAGGUCACCAAGGACGUGGACAAGACCGACGGGGCCCUGAUUGUCAACGCCAUGUUCUUCAAACCUCACUGGGACGAGAGGUUCCAUCACAAGAUGGUGGACAACCGAGGCUUUAUGGUCACCCGUUCCUUCACAGUGGGCAUUCCCAUGAUGCAUCGCACAGGCUUGUACCCGUACUACAACGACGAGGCAGAGAACCUCCAGAUCGUGGAAAUGCCUCUGGCCCACAAGCUGUCCAGCAUGAUCUUCAUCCUUCCAAACCACGUGGAGCCCCUGGAGCGAGUGGAGAAGCUGCUGACCCGGGAGCAUCUGAAGACCUGGAUGGGCAAACUGAAGGCGAGGUCCGUGGCCAUCUCCUUGCCAAAGGUCAGCUUGGAAGUCAGCCACGACCUCCACAAACACUUGGCCGAACUUGGCUUAACUGAAGCCGUCGACAAGACCAAAGCCGACCUGUCCAAGAUUUCGGGCAAGAAGGACCUCUACCUCGCCAACGUCUUCCACGCGGCGGCCCUGGAGUGGGACACGGAGGGGAACCCCUACGAGGGCGACAUCUACGCGCGGGAAGAGAUGAAGAACCCCAAGCUCUUCUACGCCGACCAUCCCUUCGUCUUCCUCAUCAAGGACAAUAAGACCAAUUCCAUCCUCUUCAUCGGCCGGCUAGUGAGGCCCAAAGGAGACAAGAUGCGGGACGAAUUGUAGGGGGCGCGUGUGGCAAAAUUGGGGAGCGGGGGGGCGGGGGGGAGCGUUAUCUACUCUGUAUGAACUAACUGGUGCUAUGUAGGACCACGGUGAACGGUCUCUAGCUCUUGCCGUUACCUCACUUUAAGGGGGGGGACGAUUGAUCGGUGAGGUGUUUCCUGGGAAUGGCUGCAAAGAAUUCUGGGAUCCUGUCAGACUUUUUGAGUCCUUGCCUUUCCUCGCUCUCGGGUCCUGAAGCCGUCGUGGGUCCCCGAAGCUGAAAGUCCCGCCCAAACGGUACCGUUAAAAUGGAGGGAAGGGAGAGAAAGCGCGGGUGUUUAUGGGGUAACUGCCCCAGCCAGGAAGAUUUCCUCAGAGAAGAGAAAUUAGCUGUUGCAGAUUUUCCGGGCUGUGCGGCCGUGGUCUUGGCAUUGUAGGACCUGACGUU